CCACGUUCAAUACAUUGAACUAGCGCAUUCAGAAAAGAGAAAGGGUGGUUGAUGGUUGCUAUAAGAGUUUACUUUGGAUGUGUAUGUAAUAAACAUAAUGGAUAUGGACGGCAAACAUACAAAACGGAUAUGUUGAUUUAAGAAUGGUAUCGAUCCAACAUUGACGCGUUGGCCAAUAUAUUUGGUCGAAAUUGACUUCGGGCAUGGCUUCCUCAACAUUAAUCAACACGCUUUUCACGGCUAUUGAGCGCGGCAACAUCAUCGAUAUAAAACGUCAAAUAUCCGACAUCAAAAGUGAAGGCAAAGAAAAUAUUCUCCGCGAUGUGUCUACGGAGGGUGAAACAGUUCUUCAUAAAGCGGUUAAGAUGAGAACUCAUCCUAAUGUUCUGACGGUACUGUUGGAGGAAUGUCCUGAUCUUCUGUGCGAAAGCAGACAAUGUUCAGAACUUUACAGAGGUCAAACAGCUCUGCACAUUGCUAUUACGGACGGAAACAUUCAAGUAAUAAACACAUUACUUACAUGUGGAAAUCAUCAAGGAAAAAUAAAGUUGAACAAAGUUUUCUCUACACAGGCUACUGGGACAAGAUUUGAAAACACCGUUAUGCUUGGGGAGCUUCCAUUAGCAGUUGCAGCCCUGACACUGAACAUUCAAAUAUUCGACACGUUAGUUGAAUUUGGAUGUAGGGUAGACGAACAAAACUCUUGCGGUGACACGCUGUUCCACUCUUUGGUGAAAUACUCACAUUUAUACCCAGAGAAACAGGCGGAUAUAGUAGCCACGUUUGAACACGCAUCAGAAAUAUUGAACAAUAAAACCGAUCAAAUAAUGUCAAAAAACACCACUGCUUGCUUUCUAGACUCAAAGAACACGGUGGGCAAAGGUAAACACUGCGUUUGGAAGUUGAAAAAUAAACAUGGCUACAACAUUCUACAGCUAGCCGCGAAACUGGGUCGCCAUGGGAUAUUCAAAACGAUAAUGGAAAUGAAAAAUAUUUACUGUCACGUGAAUUCCGAUGACGGUUUGUUUGACGUUGAACUUUAUGACGUCACGGACAUCGAUUCUUUGGCUGACUACAGUCUUUUAACUAGUAUUACUCAAACCUUUGGUGCUGACGAUGACAGAAAAGAAGAUUCUGUGCAAAAGGGUGCUUUUCAAAAUAAUGACUUUGUAGAAAACAAUGUACCAACUUUAGAGUUGAUUAUAGACAACGAUCCUGCGACGGUAUUCAAGUUCAUUGAGCUCUCUCCAUUGCGUUACGUUAUUAACCGGAAAUGGAUUUUCUACCGAUGGUUCUUUGCUAUAUGGGCACCUUUACACGUGUUGUUCAUGAUUGGGUACACCGUGUAUGCGACCCGUCGGUCAGAGGUAACUCGAAACGAAACGUCUGCAGGUACCAUGAUCGAGUUCUCCAAUAAAAUUGGACAAGAUAGAUUCGUGACAUUUUACGCUAUUUUUAGUUUAGUGGUUGCCGGCUUGUACCUAAUUCAAGAAACCGUUCGGAUUUAUCGUGGUCGCAUGCCAUGGACACUUUCUCAUGUUAAAAACUGCUACCACAAUGGGCCAUUAAGAUUGGUGCUUGUAUUGUUUAGUGUGGCAGUCAUUGCUGACUUUGUCUGGCGUAUAAGUGACAACACUUACGAGGACUACCUUCUCGUCUUAGCACUGAUCAUAGGAUGGUGGUUUUCAGUGUUCUUUCUGCGCGGGUUUCAGCAAUUCAGCUUUUUCACUGUGAUGAUCCAAAAGGUUCUUGUUGGCGACAUGUUCCGGUUUUCAAUUAUAAUAGGAAUGGAGCUUGUUGCAUUCACAACCGGGCUGUACAUUGCAUUUCGUGGGCAGACAACAUCGGAUGUGAACGUCUCGGAAUACGGGAAAUUGAUGGUGUCUAUGUUCAAAAUGAUGUUUGGAUUCACCUCCUUUGAUGUGCUGUUUGAAGCGCCCAAUCCGUGGUUUGCUGUUUCCCUAUACGUUGCGUUUAUUCUUCUGACAUAUGUUCUUAUGAUCAAUUCGCUUAUAGCUAUGAUGUCAAACACAUGCGCUAUUGUGUCUCAGAACAGGGAGGUCCAGUACAGGGUUCAACAACUAUCCAUAAUCCUCUUCUUUGAAAGUCUAAUACCAAUCCGUUUCCUGCAUACUGUUGGUGAAAAACGCGACUGUCAGAUUUUUCAUCCAGACUCAGAAACGUACGAAACGUCAGAACGUCUUUUCAUGGAAGUACGUUCUUUACACGAAGUCACCAAGAGCAAGUCACGUCAUCAACCGAAUCCCGAAACCAUGCUUGAGACUAUAUUUCACACUAUAAAGAAUAUCAAGAUUACAGACAUGAACCCCUUUGAUGAAGAACAGCCAGAACGUGUCCGCGACAAUUCUGAAACUGAAGCGACGGCAGUAAGAAGAGACACGCUCACACAUAUUCCUAAGGUAGAGGCAAUUGAUACUGAAAACGAACCGCCCAGUGGGAAAAGACAAAGACAUAAAAAGAAGAAAAAGAAAUCAAAUAAAAAGGACAACGAUGAUGUAAACAAUGAUGAAGAGGCAACAAGAACAAGUAACUAUCUAGAUGAAUAUAAUAUGGACAUGACUGCCAUUGACGAUAUAUAA